CACUUCCGGGUCCCCGGUUGUUUAGCCGACAGGGUGAUUGUUUGCAUGCUGCUCUGGGCAACUCAUGUGCGGCGGUGCCUUCUGUUUGGUGAAUGCCAGCAGCGGCCGGUGUCCUCUCUCCCUCUCUCCUCCUUGAGAGUAUGUGUGUGUCCCUAACAGGUAUGUGUGUAUUAGUAUGGUCAACUACAGUAUUAUAAUAUCAAGCCGUAAUGCUAACAGUAUCUCUUUCUAAUUAGGAGUGUGCAAUUAGCUGGUGGUUGCUGCUGCUUUGUCUCCGCGGCUGUCUCCGCGGCCGCUCUGUCUUUAUUAAAGACUGUCCAUACUAAAGACGUUGUCUCCACUAAAACUGUCAUCUGUAAUCACCCUGCUGGAGCUCGUUCCUGGGCUGCUAAAUGCGCAACCGCGCUCAAUAGAGCCGGUGUAUUGCAGCCGAGCUGCUGCCCGCUGUUGACGGCCCACACCGUGCCCCCAGAACACUGAUUCGGACUUUGAUCCAGACCCGGAAUGAGUGUUUUAUUAUAAGUGUUUAUUUUAGGAUUAUUUUGUACACCAUGUUAUUUUAGGAUUAAAAUGGGCAGUCACUGAUUUUGUUAACAUUUGAUUUUGUGUUUGUUUUUGUUGAUUUGCCCACUAAUUUGUUUAUCCCUUUUUCUUUAGUUGCUGGAGACUGGUGGUGGUGGUGCUCGUGCUCGGGUGGUGGUGUCCUCCCCUUUUCCGUCGUUUGCUGUGUCCUGGGAGUGGUCUUCACUAGAGUGUAUCACGUAUGUCGGGUGUUUUAAGUUGAUUUCUUUAUUGUUGGUGGAUCUCCUCCCCCCUCUGCACUAGCCCUUGUCCAUCCAGUCAGCUCCAGCUCUCCCCCCCAGUUUGCUUUUCUUGCUUUUAUAUUUGAAGGAAUGUUUUUAAGAUUAUUGUGAAAAAAUAUAAUAAAACUAUUUCUAUUUUCAUAACCACGUCUCCUGCCUUUGAGUGAACCUUACCUGUGUGCUGCUCCCAAAUUAAUUCCCUGGGUGAAAUUCCCAGGGUGGCGUUGUCGGUUUCUUUCCUUAAUUUGGCUGUUUAAAUUAUAAGGUUUAAUUUCUUUAAUUCACUUUACACUCGCCACAAACUUGGCGUUGUCGGUUUCUUUCCUUAAUUUGGCUGUUUAAAUUAUAAGGUUUAAUUUCUUUAAUUCACUUUACACUCUCCACAAACUUGGCGUUGUCGGCAGGAUUUGCUCUUUUUAAAGGCUGAGACGUGUGUUGACUUCUGUUUAGUUUUUUGUUUUUUUUUCCUGUUUUUUUUCUUUUGUUGUCUUUAAUUUGUUGUGUGGCCUAAUUUUCUUUCUGUUUGUGCAUACAGAUUGGAGUAAUUGGAGACAAAGCAGCAGUGGCCCUUUUGUGGAGUGCCUACUACAGGUUUGGAUUUUGUGGUGCUUUUGCAUCAUAGUUAGUGGUAGUGUGAGUUUGUAGUAAUCAUGGAGGACGAAAUACUUGAACUUAGAGGGCUGAUUGCACAGUUAACAGCAGAUAAUGAGCGGUUACGACAGGGACAGGCUGGCCCUAGUGUUCUGCCAUCUACUUCUUCAGCACCACCUGUUAUCCCCCCCACUUCUGGUCCCUCCGUAGCAGAGAGGUUAAUUUUUGUGCCUAGAGAUAGGAAGUGUCCGGUCUUUAGGGGAAGGACAGGCGUAGGAUUGAGUGAGUGGGUGGAGGAGGUGCAGGCGAGUAUGAGGGCUCGGCGUUUGUCCCAGUCUGAUCAGGCGUUUUUCCUGCUCGACCACCUAGAGGGAGAGGCCAAGGAUGAGAUAAAGUAUCGCUCUGCCGCUGAGAGAGAGAACCCUGUUAAAAUAUUUGCCAUUUUGGAGGAGCUGUACGGGUGCUCAGAGUCGUAUGUUUCACUGCAGCAGGCUUUCUUCUCCAGGAGGCAGCAAGAGGGAGAAACUCUUCAGGAGUUCUCCCUUGCUUUAAUGGGCCUAAUGGAGAGGGUGAAGCAGUGCGCCCCCACUGACAUGCCGGAUGCCGGGACCCUUUUGAGAGAUCAGUUUGUCGAGCACGUUUUGAAUCGUUCCUUGUGUCGUGAGUUGAAGCAGCGGGUGCGUAGUCAGCCUGAUUGCACCUUGCUCGAUGUGAGGGCCGAGGCUAUUCGCUGGGAGCGGGAAGGUUUGCCUGGUGGUGCGAGAGGUCGCAGCCAAUCAGUCCCCUCAGUGUAUGGUGUCCAGUAUGGUGUCCAUGGUGGCACCCAGGGGGCUGUUCCAUCCUCCACGGCUUCUGAGAUGAGUGAGAUGAGGGAGAUGUUAGAGCAUCAGCAAGCGCUGCUCAAUCAGCUCAUGAGGAGCAUUGCUCAGCUACAGAACUCCAACCAGUACCGUCAUCCACCACCAUCAGGGCCCUUAAUAUGCAGACGUUGUAAUCAGCCAGGACAUUAUGCACGUGAGUGUGAUGGGGUGCGUGUUCCUUCUCGUUCUCAGUUUCCUUCACGACCCCACUUGAAUACUGGUCGGCAGUCCCGCUCUCCGGUGUCGGAAAACUAGUGCCCACCGAACUGCAGAGCCACAGUUUGGGUGGGGCCGC